AUGGUGUCUGCUGGACUUGAGAUCCUGGGACUUUCGCUGUGCGUAAUUGGCUCGCUCCUGGUCAUGGUGGCGUGCGGUCUCCCCAUGUGGAAGGUGACGGCUUUCAUUGAGGCCAACAUCGUGGUGGCUCAGACGAUCUGGGACGGGCUGUGGAUGACGUGCGUGGUGCAGAGCACCGGCCAGAUGCAGUGCAAGGUGCACGACUCUGUGCUCGCCCUGACCCACGACCUGCAGGCGGCCCGGGCGCUCACCAUAAUCUCCGCCGUGAUGGGCGUCCUGGGUCUGAUGGUGGUGAUCGCCGGGGCCCAGUGCACCAACUGCAUCCGCACCGAAUACGUCAAGGCCCGGGUGGUGAACGCCGGGGGCAUCGUCUACAUCAUCAGCGGCCUGUUCGUGCUGGUGCCGCUCUGCUGGAUGGCCAACAACAUCAUCUCGGACUUCUACAACCCGCAGGUGCCCGCAUCCAAGAAGAGGGAGAUCGGCGCGGCGCUCUACAUCGGCUGGGCGGCCGCAGCGCUGCUGCUGAUCGGAGGAGCCCUGCUGUGCUGCUCCUGCCCCUCCAGCGGGAACUCGGGAUACUCGGUCAAAUACGCCCCGACCAAGAGAGCCACGCCGAACGGGGACUAUGACAAGAGGAAUUACGUGUAG